AGAGCUUUUUAUCAAAGACGUGUGUUUCAUUAAUCGAAUGCUUGGUUUUAUGUGGAUGUAUUUUCUAAAACACACUUGCACUUUUCCAUAUUUUUUACAGACCGGCGUGAGGUUUCAUGGGGCUGAGGAAGAAAGUGACAUGGUUAAUUGUACGUCUGUUCCUCACUUUUUUAUUGCUGGAAAGCUGCCACGCUUUACCACCGUAUCGCCCUGGCGAUGGCCUUCAACAGGAGCCUCAAGUUGUGAAGCGUCCCUCAAUUACCCCAAAGACCCUUCACAGUCACCAAAGACAAGAUCCUAUUGGAGCCGGAAAAGUAUAUUCCCAAAAAUCUAUCACGGUAUGGUGUCACGAUGCCUGGAUGGAGAUAGUCGUAAAGGCCGAUCUGUAUAACACUGGAGUCUUAAUAGAUGGGGAUGACCUGCGACUAGGAGAGACCACGCCUGCAUGCAGGGCAAGGCAGUCUGCAGCUACCGAAUACACCAUCGUCGCGGCACUGAGCGACUGUGGAACCAGACGUCUGAUAACCGAUGACUCCGUAAUCUACACAAAUGUACUGAUAUAUUCCCCGGUGUCCUCUACAAAUGGGAUAAUUCGAAUAGAAGGUACUGUCCUUCCAAUUGAGUGCCACUACAGAAGGAGGUAUGGUGUGAGCAGCAGUGUCCUGAAUCCAACUUGGAUCCCUUUUGCAUCUACUCAGUCUGCUGUGGAUGUCCUGGGCUUUUCCUUGAGGCUCAUGAAUGGUGACUGGCUCUCUGAGAAGAUCUGGAAUGUUUACUUCCUGGGAGAUAUCAUUUCCAUUGAAGCCUCAGUCACAUUGGCCAACCACAUGCCCCUCCGGGUGUUUGUGGAUAGCUGUGAGGCCACAGUGUUCCCUGAUAAGAACUCAGUCCCCAGAUAUUCCUUCAUUGAGAACGGGUGCCUGAUGGAUGCCAGACGUACUGGCUCAAACUCUCACUUCCUGCCCCGAGUGCAGGAUGAUAAACUCCACAUUCACCUGGAGGCCUUCAGGUUUUACCAGGAGAUGAGGAGUGCACUUUACAUCACCUGCCACGUGAAGGCUAUGCCUGUCAUGCACAAUGCAGACCCCAAGAAUAGGGCCUGUUCCUUCAUCAAUGGAAGUUGGAGGUCUGUGGAUGGGAACGACUGGAUAUGUGACAACUGUGAGACGCCUAACAUGUGGGAAAAACCAGUUCAGUCUAGUCACCAUGGAUUGGAAAAGGAGUUAUCGCUGCACCCCUUGAAUGUUUUUCCAAGUAAGCAGGGUGGCAUGGCCCCUCGGCUGCAGCGGAUGGAGAGCAGACCUAUGGAGGCUGAGGUCCUGGAGAUGGGUGAUAAUGAUGAAGAACCAGAGAGGGAGACCACCCCGGGCCCCAGUGGUCCCCCAGAAAAACUGGGAAAUGGCCCUUUGGACCCUCGAAACAAAGAGGAUAAUGGCCACUUGGGGGAGCCUCUGGCCAAAGAGGAAGCUGGUGCUGUCAUACAUGAGGAGGAGGGCAGUGGGAUGGACAUGGAAACGGUAUAUGUCAGCACGAGCAUUAUGACUGGCUCUCAUUCUGAUCAGGAAAAUGAUACCACUCCAAGCCCUGUGGUUCAUCCUGGCAAGGACGAUGACAAUCCAGACGUCUUUUCAAAUGAACCCGUUGGACCUACGGUUCUUCCAAGCCUGGAUGAAAUUGCUACAGUUGCUCCUAGCAAUGAGGAAAGGGACAGCAUCGUCCCUACUAGCAAGGAUAUAUUCAGCCCUGCUGACUUUACAAGUGAAGAGGAUGCCAGCUCCGUGGUCCCGCCAGAUGAACCAACUUCAGACAGAUUGACACUUCCAUUUAGCUGGAAGGAGGGUUUUGGGGCCUUUUCCGAUGAAGGGGAUUCAAAUUAGACCCAAUGACCAUGUUUCUAUAUUUAAAUGUAAUUGUUGCUGACAAUAAAAUAUUUGAUCUAAA